GGGGAGGGAGAGGCUUUUCUAAGACUCCAUCAAAGAACUUGUAUUUUUCUGUGAAUGAUGCUGCCAGACCUUUCUCUGGCAAACGCCGGAGCCCCUACCUGUGCCCUCGAGUCAUUCCGCCGCAGGAUUCCGGUGUCCGCCCGCUUAGCGGGAGUGCGCCUGCUGGUAGCCUUUCUUAGCACGCUCGGCUGCUUUGUACGAGCCCCAGGUUUGAACGUGAGCAUGGCAGAAGGGGGCACCCUGAUAUCAGUGGACUAUGAAAUUUUUGGGAAGGUGCAAGGGGUGUUUUUCCGCAAGUACACUCAGACUGAGGGUAAAAAGCUGGGAUUGGUAGGCUGGGUCCAGAACACUGACGAGGGCACAGUGCAAGGACAGGUGCAAGGUCCCAUCUCCAAAGUGCGUCAUAUGCAAGAAUGGCUUGAGACAAAAGGAAGUCCCAAAUCGCACAUCGACAGAGCAAGCUUCAGCAAUGAGAAAGUCAUCUUAAAGUUGGAUUACUCAGAUUUCCAAAUUGUGAAAUAAUAGCCUGAAUUUAAAUUUCCCAAGAUAAACUUGUGGUUUUGUUUUUUAUUGUUAAUAGAGAUAGAACUAUUCUGUGCUCAGUAUUAGAAUUUGUCAGUAAGUUAUUUUAGCACCAGUUAUUUGCUUGCUACUGUAUAUUAUAUGAUGCAAGGAUUCAAGUGUACACAGUUCUAAUCAAUAAAAACACAUUAAAGCCUA